UAACGGGGCACACCAUCCAAGCCUACUGGCUAGGACGGCCUUAUUUCCUAAAUUAGGCUUGGAAGCUGUACACCAGUUCCUCAAUAUAGUGUUCAUUCAGUCAUUCCGGAAAUAUUUUCAAGGGCUUAACUAUUUUCUAGGCAUGUUCUAGAUGUAGGGAUGGAGAGAACAAGACAACCCCUAUUCUGGUGGAACAUUCUGUUGUGGUAGAGGGGUGAUAGACAAUAAAGUAAGUAAGCAAAUAAAUGAAUAAGAUAAUUUAAGGUAAGUGCAGUGAAGGCCAUGAGACAGGGUGAUGUGGUUGGAGUCAGGCUGCCUAGGACAAUUCUAUCACUUAUAAAGCAUGAACAAGUGGUCUAACUUUUGAAAAUCUCAGUUUCUUCAUCUGUAAGAUGGAGGAAUCAUGCCUACAUCAACAGGUUAUUUGUUUUAUAUAAACCCUGGGGCAUUCCAAUAGUUGGAGAUCAAGCAAAGGAAAAAGAGCAGGUAGAAAAGACUAGAAAGCAACAGUUGGCUUACCAGACCUCUAGAGAAGAACAUGUUACAAGGGGUGUGUGUUCCUCUGUGUCACAGUUGCCAAGAGCUCAAUGCACUUGACAGGGUAUGAUGACUGGGUUUUGGCAAGACGGAGUGACCUCAACAAGAGCAGUUUCAGUAGAGGGGUGGGAAAGAUGUCUGAUUAGCAUGGGUUGAGACAAGACUGAGAUGAAGAAAUGGAGACAGCAAUUAUAGAAUACUUAAGUUUGGGGUAAUGGAAAGUUGAAAAAUGCAGCAGCAGUUGGAAAGGAAGCUGGGGUCAAAGGAGGGUUUUUUACACUUAGGGUAUUAUGACAUCUCCGUAUUUUUUGAAGGAAGUGAUCCACUGGAGAGAGAUUAAGUGAUCUAGAGGAAAGAAGACAUAAUUUCCAAGAGACUGACAUAUGAAACACUUGAAAAGAUAAAAAGGGGAUGGGAUCCAGAGCCCAGGAGUAGAAGUUGGCCUUUCCUAGGUACAGGGAUGCUUCAUCCUGUAUAUACAAAUGAAGUACUGCCAAAUGAGAGAAGCUUUCAGAAUGCUGCUAAAAGCAAUAAUUUGGAUCUUAUGGAGAAGCUGUCUGAAAACAAGGUUAACAUUAAUGCUGUGAACAAUAUGAACCGCACAGCCCUGCAUUUUGCAGUGGGGAGAAAUCAUUUAUCUGCAGUGGAUUUCUUGCUUAAACACAAGGCCAGGGUGGAUGUUGCUGAUAAGCAUGGCUUGACAGUAAUUCACCUUGCAGCCUGGUCUGGGAGCCUUGAGGUCAUGCUCAUGCUGGUUAAAGCUGGAGCAGAUCAGAGAGCCAAGAAUCAGGAUGGAAUGAAUGCCCUCCACUUUGCUGCUCAGAGCAAUCAUGUGCGCAUCGUGGAGUAUCUUAUUCAAGAUCUGCACCUCAAGGACCUGAACCAGCCUGAUGAGAAAGGAAGAAAACCAUUUCUUUUGGCAGCUGAGAGGGGCCAUGUUGAAAUGAUAGAAAAACUUACCUUCCUAAACCUGCAUACUUCAGAAAAGGACAAGGAGGGAAACACUGCCUUGCACCUCGCUGCAAAGCACGGUCACAGUCCUGCAGUGCAGGUGCUGCUAACCCAAUGGCAAGACAUAAAUGAGAUGAAUGAGAAUGGAGAAACACCAUUCUUUCUGAGUGUUGAAGGAGGUCAUGAAGAGUGCAGCAAAGUGCUGCUGACAGCAGGAAGUGACAUCAACAUUCCAAAUAAACUCAAUAUCAGUAGUUUGCAGAUAGCAACCAGGAAUGGCCAUGCAUCCCUUGUCAACUUUCUUCUCAGUGAGAACGUUGAUCUGCACCAGAAAGUGGAACCUAAGGAGUCUCCUCUUCAUUUAGCUGUUAUCAACAACCACAUCACGGUUGUAAACAGCUUAUUAAGUGCACAGCAUGAUAUUAACAUAUUAAAUCAGAAGCAACAAACCCCUCUGCAUGUAGCUGCUGAUUGUGGAAAUGUGGAACUGGUGGAAACCCUGCUGAAGGCAGGCUGUGACUUGAAGGCUGUUGACAAGCAAGGAAAGACUGCCCUGGCUGUGGCCUCCAGGAGCAACCAUAGCCUUGUGGUGGACAUGCUCAUUAAAGCAGAGAGAUACUACGCCUGGAGAGAGGAGCAUCAUGAGAGCAUCGGGGACCCAUCAACAGGCUUUCCUCUGACAUUCAAGCAAGACCACAGUCUGGAGACCAGACACAUUCGCACGCUCCUCUGGGGCCUGGCUUACCAUCAGCUGAAGGCCAAUGAGUGGCAGAGGCUGGCCCGUUCGUGGAACUUUACAGAUGACCAGAUUAGAGCCAUUGAGGCACAGUGGUCAGGAAAUGAAAGCUUCCGUGAACAUGGCCACAGGGCUCUGCUUAUCUGGCUACAUGGGACCCUGAUGACUCAGGCUGAUCCGGCCAAGCACCUGUAUGAAGAGCUGGUACACGCAGGUUUCCCAAAACUAGCUGAAAAGACUCGUCAUUUCAAAAGCAAAACUGACUUAAACUCCAAGAAAUGUGUAGUUUCAUAAAUGCCCAAAGAAAUUGUAUUUACAUGAUCUUCCACUCAGCAUUCAGUUCUUUUAAUGCCAUAAAUUUCUCCUAGCAGUAGCACUGAUUUUCAACUAUGAUGAUGGUGGUGACAGGGUACUGUAACAGGUGAAAGACGAGUAAUACCAUGAUACUUUUCAACCUCUAAAAAGCCAAAUACAGUUUUUUUGCUGAGGGCAAGUUAUAUAUCAUUUUCCCAUUUCUGUCAUUUGAUGUAACACAUGUAAUAAGAUAAUCUAGGAGGGUUUUGUAUGUCAUGUUUUUUUCUAAAAAUUCAUGGGAGCAGCAUCAUGGUACAGUAAAAAACCAACGGUUUUUACAAUAGACGAAUAUAGUUUUGAACUUGGUUUUGCCACUUAUUAGAUGUGAACCUUUGGGCAUGUUAAUGUUGUUUAAGUUCUUAGAUCUUCAGUUUCCUUCUCUAUAAACUGGGACAAAUGUCUAUUUAAUCCACAGGGUUGGAGUAGAGAUGAAGGGAAAAUGCCUGUGAAAUGCCUAGCCUCAUGCCCACAGUAUGGAAAUCAACUGUUAUUUCUCUUUCAGUAAGAGAAACUGGGUUUGGAAAUUUAUAGUCAUUGUUGACUUUAAAUCACACAUAAUGUGUAAUAUAUUACUUAGGGAAGACCAGAAGUAUGUACACCAAUUUUUUUUUUUAAUCUUGUGGUGAUGUAAUUACUGAUGAUAAUUUUCUUUGUACUUUUGGGUACAUUCAAUUUUUUUCACAAUGAACAUGCAUUAUUUUUGUAAUCUGAGAGUUGUGAAAUAAAUGUAAAAUCGAGUAUCAAUUUGUGUCGGUUUAUGUGCACCUAUUCAUUGGAAUUUAAGACUCUCCAUUUUCGGAUUCUGACUCUAAAUUUACAAGGCACAUAAUAAAACCAUAAGCAAUUUCAAU